AUGAGGCAGGUCUGUCUCACACGCCUUGAGGCAGGUCUGUCUCACACGCCUCUCCACGCCCUGCUCCCUCAACGCAAGCGCUUGUCUGCCCUGCACUGCUUCAAGGCCCCUCAACACUCUGCUUCUACCUCUUCUCUCCUUCACUCACCCACUCAACAUGUGUCAGCCUGUCAGGCUGUCAGUGCACUGCUGGACGAAGUGGGUCUUUCCAACGCGCCUCUCCAUGCGCUGCUACCCCAUUUGUCCCGUAACCCCCUCUCCCUUUUCCCCUUACCCCUCCCAGAUUCUGCCAGGCCGUCAUGCCAGGCCGUGAGUGCAUUACUGGACGAAGUGGGUCUCUCCAACGCGCCUCUCCACGCCCUGCUGCCCCAGCGCAAGCGCUCAGCCGCUCUGCACAGCUUCAAGGCGUCCCAAGUGCCCAUCCUGGUGGCCACAGACGUCGCCAGCAGAGGGCUGGAUAUCCCCACUGUCGACCUGGUGAUCAACUACGACAUCCCCAGUAUCGUGGUGGCCACAGACGUCGCCAGCAGAGGGCUGGACAUUCCCACUGUUGAUCUGGACAUUCCCACUGUUGAUCUGGACAUUCCCACUGUUGAUCUGGACAUUCCCACUGUUGAUCUGGACAUUCCCACUGUUGAUCUGGACAUUCCCACUGUUGAUCUGGACAUUCCCACUGUUGAUCUGGACAUUCCCACUGUUGAUCUGGACAUUCCCACUGUUGAUCUGGACAUUCCCACUGUUGAUCUGGACAUUCCCACUGUUGAUCUGAACAUUCCCACUGUUGAUCUGGACAUUCCCACUGUUGAUCUGGACAUUCCCACUGUUGAUCUGGACAUUCCCACUGUUGAUCUGGACAUUCCCACUGUUGAUCUGGACAUUCCCACUGUUGAUCUGGACAUUCCCACUGUUGAUCUGGACAUUCCCACUGUUGAUCUGGACAUUCCCACUGUUGAUCUGGACAUUCCCACUGUUGAUCUGGACAUUCCCACUGUUGAUCUGGACAUUCCCACUGUUGAUCUGGACAUUCCCACUGUUGAUCUGGACAUUCCCACUGUUGAUCUGGACAUUCCCACUGUUGAUCUGGACAUUCCCACUGUUGAUCUGGACAUUCCCACUGUUCACGCGGGACUAUGUGCACCGGGUGGGACGAACAGCCCGAGCAGGGAGGGGCGGACGAGCCAUCAGCCUGGUGACUCAGUACGACGUGCAUCUGGUGCACAGCAUCGAGAAUCUCAUCGGCCUCUUUUGUGUCCCAUGCCCCUUCCCUUCACUUCAUGCAUGCUGCCUCCCCCUUUCCCGCUCCUCCCUUUCCCAUGGCAGUACGACGUGCAUCUGGUGCACAGCAUCGAGAAGCUUAUUGGUCGACAGCUGGCGGAGUGCACUGAUGUGACUGAAGGCGAUGUGCUUAAAUGCAUCAGCAAGGUGUUCAAGGCACGGAGGGCGGCUCUGCUGAAGGUGUCAGAGAGCGGGUUUGAGGAGCGGGCCAAGCAGAGGGCGGAGCAGAAGAGGAAGAUUCGGGAGGAGCGAAGAGAGCGGGAGGGGGGUGAGAAGGCCAAGAAAGGCAAAUGA